AUGAAUAGAAACUUAAAAUAUUGGAAGGAAGCAGCGACUGUGAUCCUGGCUGUAGGCAUCCGUAAGCAGUUUUUGAAUAAAGGUGCUACCAAUUAUCAGACCUGUAAACCUCUACUUCCAGUGCCUGCACGAGAGAGCAAUCUACUUCAGUCAUGCUCAGAGAAGACAGUAUAUGAUUAUGCCUUGCUUAUGUUACAACGGAAUAUGAGAAGCAAAUUUUUCCCCAGUGCAUACGUGUUCCCAGGAGGUCGAAUCAGCCCAGCUGAUUUUUCCAGUGAAUGGAUACAGUUGUUCCAUCCUUUUUGCCAGCCACCCAACUUUAAGCUGGAUACAGUCAAACAAACUGCUAGGAGGUCUCCGAUCUUUGCAGUAGACAGGAGAAAGCUAGGAUCUCAAAUAUCUGGGGAGGUGGCUUUCCGUAUUUGUGCCAUUAGGGAAACUUUUGAAGAGUCAGGAGUACUCCUUGUGAAGCCAAAUCACCCUGAUAAAGACUUGAACAACCAAGGGGUCAUACAGCUUACACAAUACAACCAAAACAAACUUGCAAGUUGGAGAUCACUUGUGCAGGAAAAUGCAGUGAAUUUUAUAAGACUGUGAAAAGAGUUGGACUGUUUACCAAAUAUUUGGGCAUUGAAGGAGUGGAGUAAUUGGUUGACCCCCACUUUUCGGGGAGGAAGGAGGUUUGAUACUGCAUUCUUCAUUUGUUGUUUGGAAGAAAUUCCUUUUACUGUACAUGAUGGUUGUGAAAUAAGCUUUCACAGUUGGAUGACCCCUACUGAGGUGAUUGAGCAUCACCAAUCUGAGAAACUCUUCAUUCUUCCCCCACAAUGGUAUGAGGUAGGAAGACUUUGCCGAUUUCCUUACCUCCAAGAUUUGGAGCAGUUUAGCCAAGAUCGUUCUGUGGAAGGUUGUGAGUGAUGGCUUCCAGUCCGUCUACUUGCAUCUGAUGGUUUUGCUACCUUGUAUUCUGGGGAUGAACUUUAUCCAGAAGAUCCGGAUUUCACAGGGGAAACAGAAAUAAACUUGACUUCCUCCAAAUCUCUGAAACAAUUACGGCUGGAGGUUACCAGACUGCACCGGACAGAAUUGCGAAAUCUGAAUGAUUGUACUAUGUAUGUGAAUAUUGAACCCCGAUAUAAACAUGUGCACCCAUUAAUGAUAAACAGUCAUCCCAAUAGUCAUGGGUGA